GAUGAUACCACGGUUGAUGUGGUCCCUACUUCACAACAUCCCACAUUAGAAGCGUAUGAACGGCUCUUCGGCGUGGACGAGGAUUCAUAUGAACAGCCGACUACCUCUAGGAAGGAACUUUGGUCAUAUUACCUCUAUUACAAUGGUGACAAUGGUGUCGGCCCGGGAUCCUACAGCCAAGCUCUCUUCCAGUGGGCCUUGAAUGGUGCCGGGCAUCAACCUGGCUCCGAUCCACCUAGAGCCUGCACCGAUUCAUCGGCAUGCGUGGUGCCUUGGGCUGGAGGAACAAGAUCCGUAUCUUCAGUAGUUCUUAUUGCCAAUGGUCUUUGCUUCACUUUCAUGACUGUGAUAUUCGUCUGGCUAGGAAGUGCUGCAGACUAUGGAACAUUCGGCCGAUGGCUUCUUCUGGCAUUGACGGUCGUCUGCUGGGCCCUGCAGUAUGGUAUGAUGUCCAUUCGGCAUCCGAGCCAGUGGCCUACUGCGAUGGGAUUGUACGUUGUGGCAUAUAUUGCCUACGGCGCAACGCUGGUGUUUUACGCUGCUGUCUUCCCCCGUCUGGCGCGGUAUACCCCGCAUGUGCGCAAAGCGAGAGAAGAAGAUCUCAGAGAGGGCAAGAUCGACCAAGAGGAAUAUGACGCUAUUGAAUCACUAGAGAGAAAUCAUAUCAGCAAUAUUGGAUACCUACUCACACUCGUGCUUAAUCUGAGCGUGUUACUUCCACUUCAAAACAACAACUUCUCGAAUAAUCUGGCACUCUGUCUGACUAACUCAUAUUGGGUGGUUCUUGGCAUCUGGUGGUUCAUUUUCCAGCAAAAACGGCCAGGUCCGAAGAUACCAAAAGGGUCAAGCUAUAGUACUAUUGGAUUCAAGCAGAUCUGGUUGGCCAUCCGAGAAAUCAGGUCUCUUCCUCAGACAUUUCUGUAUUUCUUCGCCUAUUUCCUUCUCGCUGAUGGCCUCAACACUACUGGUACCCUCGUCAGCAUCAUUCAAAACGACUCCGUUUCAUUUUCAUUCUUGCAGAUUACAUAUCUCGGCAUUGCCCAAGCUGCCUGCUCGAUCACUUCAACGUUUGGUUUUUGGUAUAUACAGCAAUAUUUCAAAUUCAAGACAAAAACUAUGUUUUUGUUCACUAACUUUUUCACCGUUCUCAUCCCCUUUUGGGGAAUGUUGGGACUGUGGACCAAUCGCAUCGGGUACCACAAUAGGUGGGAAUUUUACUUCUACAAUGUCGUUUUCGGGCUUUUCCAGGCUCCAUACUACGCGUACGCCCAAACGAUGAUCAGUGAGCUGAUGCCACGCGGUUACGAUAAUAUGUUCUUCGCCCUUUUUGGGAUAACCAAUCGCGCCUCUUCAAUCAUUGGGCCGAAUGUCAUUCAAGCUAUCAUAAACGAUACCCACAACAGCUGGAUGGGGUUUCCAUUUUUGUUCGCCAUCUGCACCGCGGCAAUGAUCACCAUUUGCUUUGUGGAUGUCAAAAAGGGUCGUGAGGACUGUCGAAAAUACACCGAGCAGCGCAAGAUAGACCGUGUCGUGGCGGAGAGUGGUCUAGAUCCCAAUGAUAUCGCAAGUGGGAAGCAACCUGCCCGUAAUGAAGAUGUCCCCGAAGCGCAGAACGAGCACCUAAGCAGUUUGGUGAGGGGGUAA